CACUGUGUGAUUGGGAUGGGGAACUGGAAGAAACUCAUUUUUGGGAAGGGCAUCAAACUGAUGGUGGAGGACAGGGAGGAGUUCGAGCCUUCCUACUACAAACUGGAGGAUGGUGACACUGCGGCGUGUCUGGCCACUGGGUUCAGCAGACACAACGCCACAAAGAACAAUUCUCUGUUCAAUGAGACCGUUGCUGCCCGGAUCUCAGAGGACUCGCUGUUCAACCAGGUGGCUCUGAUGUCCACUGGGAAUGAGCCGUGUGAGGAAGACGGUGCUGCAUCCGGUCAGUGUGAAGAAACUCUGAGACCAGAUCCGACGGUGAACUUCGUGUCUCUGACCGUUCUGGGCCUCAGACUGCUCUUCCUCAAGACCGUCGUCUUCAACGUCCUGAUGACCUUCCGGCUGUGGAUCAGUCAGUAAACUCUGCAAACCUUCAACAGAAGAAAAGCCAGAGACGACGGAUUCACACGACGGUUUUCUGAUCGAGUCCAUGGAACUGAGUCGUCUCUUCGUCUGUCAGACGUCUGCAUGCUGUAUAUAAACUGUGUAAAUAUCACUUCACCAUCCUGGAAUGUUUGUUGUUGGUUUUGAUGGAUGAAUUUCGAUGCUUCCUGCUGUGUCUGACAGUAAAGACGGAGAAGCCGACUGAAUGAUUGUUGGGUUUUUCUUAAGAUUUCCUGCUUCAGCUCUGAUGUGAAUAGAAAUGAGUUAAAAAUAAUAAAAAUCAGGAAAUAUAAGUAUGAAAACAUCCGUUUGCCUGUUUAUCUCACAGAGAAGAAAACAUGACGUUAAUGUCAAACCGGCUGUCAGACCUCUGAUGAUCAAAGUGUGUGAAAACAGCAGAACAGAAGUGAAUUAAGACCCAAAACAUCUGCAGGAUGUUUUUAAUCUGCUCAAAAGGAGCAAACUGAACAUUUGUGUCAAUGACUGACGGUUUAUUUAAAUAAAUUAAAGACAUUUCACAGAGCAAAUUUCCUUCUGAAACUUUAACAUUUAACAAAGAAUAUUAGUUGACUGUUGGUACAGUGAGGGGCCAAUGGGGCCUCUGAGCCCAGGGGCCCUUAAUCUGCUAAUCUGCCCAUGACUCAUAACAAAAUGUGUGUUUUUAACUUUCCUGUGUGAUAGCAGAAACGCACACAGGUGGAGCUCGUCACUGAUUAGCCGUGGAAACUGUGUGUAGGAUCGUCAUGUUUCCUCAUCGUGAGUCAAACUGAGCCGUUAAAACCGUCUUUCUGUAAACGAACCUGUUUUCAUCUGAAGGAGUGAAGUGAGAGGAAGUGUUUCCACGAUCAGCUUCUCUCAGAGCGUCUGCUCGUCUGCUCGGGGGAUGCUUUAUGUGGAUGUUUGCUGUAUUUUCAUGGGUUUGAUUUGCUGUUUCGUGCUGAAUGCUGAGCAGAGCUGUGACUCGCUGUAGAUGUUGAAUGUUAAUAAAACAUGCGAGCCGUGA